AUGACAGCCUCGCCGUUCCGGAUCGUGUCGGCAGGCGAGUGUUCCGCGCCGGUGGCCUCGUAUACCUAUGCAUCAGGCUCGGCGCGCGUACCACAGAGCAAGCGAGUGACGGACGAUGAACUGGAGGAUGCGCAUGAAAACCGGUCCGCGGUCUACGUGGUGACGGGCCAGGCCAUCUCUUCGACGACGCAGUACAUUCGCGGCCAUGGCACGUACCUCGACACGGAAAACUCAGAUAUCGUGUCGGUCGUAUGUGGCACGGCAGAGCGUGUGAGCAAAUUGCUCAUGGUGCGUCCGAUCCGCACACGGUACCGCCCUGAGGUGGGCGACCUCGUCGUCGGGCGCAUCACGGAAGUGCAGUCGCGGCGAUGGAAGGUGGAUAUCGGGUCGCAGACAGAUGCGUCGCUGCCGCUCUCGGCUAUCAACCUGCCGGGUGGUGUGCAGCGCAAGAAGCUCGAAACGGACGAGCUGCAGAUGCGCACAUUUUUCCAGGAAGGCGACCUCGUGUCAGCCGAGGUGCAGACGGUGGCUGUGGAUGGCAGCGUGACGAUUCAUACCCGCUCAUUGCGCUACGGAAAGCUGCGGAAUGGUGCGCUCGUCGUCAUGCCUCCGCCGCUCAUUCGCCGUCACGCGUCUCACUUUGUCUCGAUCAUGCCGCUGCCUGACCAUGGCAUCGACCUCAUUUUGUCGCUCAAUGGCCUCGUGUGGGUCUCGAAGCACGUGGAGUAUGACGAUGCGAUGAUGCAUGGUAUGAGUGGGCGCAUUGCGCCAGACAAGGUGUACAGCGUGUACAGCGACGUGAAUGACCGCCUAUCUAAAGCUACACGUGGAUCCAUCGCGCUCGUCUGUAUGGUAUUGGCAUCGAUGGCACAUUACAGCAUCCCUGUGAUACAGACCGACCUGGAGCAUGCGUGCGUGUGGGCACGGCAGCAUCUCGACAUGUCGGACCCUGUGGCGUUCGCGCAGGGUAUUGCGAAGCUGCUCAUGGACCGCUAG